GCAUCGCACCACCUAGUACUCCUCGUCUCCUCUCCCCCUUCUCCCGAAAAGCCACACUCCAUGCGACCGGCCUAGGGUUUGCUCUCCUUUCCUUCCCCAAUCCGCCGUCACCCCCUCGAUCUCCUCCCCCAGCCGCCGAAGUUGGAGGCGGGGGUGGGGGCGAGCAGCGACGGCGAGCUCGUCCAACGCCUGCCCCCCUCGGUGACAAAAUCUGUCACCAUGUCCGACAUGGAGUCCGUGGCUACGCUUAUGGAGUCGACAAGCUUGAAGAUACAGCAGCUCCAGAGGGCGUUUGCUGAACUUGAGAGCCAGAGUGCUGUUUCCAUGAACUUUAAGUGGAAGCAACUCGAGGAUCAUUUCCAUGGCCUUGAGCAGUCGCUGAAGAAAAAGUUUGAUGAGCUGAAUAAGCAGGAGAAGGAGUUCCAGGAGACGGUUGCAAAGUCAGAGCAGAUUUUGGAGCAACAGGAGGCUGUUGUUGUGGGUAAGGAACUUACUUCCUUGGAAAGGUUGCAGGAGAAAAGAGAUGCUGCAUUAGCUGUGAUCUUUGGGAAAUCCAAGCUGUCGCUAGCUGCGCCUGUUAUCAACCAAAUGAACAAACCACUGAGUAAUUAUUCGCCUACUCUUGCUGUGAAGUGGUCCAAACAUUGUCCUGAAAAUAAUGUGCACAUGCAAGACAGCAGUGCUUCUUUGAAGCCUCGUUCUGAACUUGCUAUCCUCUGUGAGGAGAUGAAUGUUAAAGGGCUACAUAAGUUCAUAUCAGACAACCGAAAGAACUUGACGUCUAUCCGUGAGGAAAUACCGAGUGCACUGAAGAGAGCAUCACAUCCGUAUGUCCUGGUGUUGGAUUCCUUGGAAUACUUCUAUUAUGGAGAUAACCUGGUAUUGGAUGGGAAAAAGGAUGGAGACCUUCUGGGCGUAAGAAGGACGUGCCUCAUGUUGAUGGAAUCUCUUGUACAGCUGCAAGCUGAUGCCGUAACUGGAUUGUUAUCUGAGGAGCAAAUGUGUACGCCAAAUGUCAAAGAACGAGCUAAGAGAAUUGCUUUUGAGUGGAAAUCCAAGUUGGAUAGCCUUGACGUUGAUGCUAGUAAUGGGAACUGCCUAGAAGCACACGCAUUUCUUCAACUGCUUGCUACCUUUGGUAUUUUUGCUGAAUUUAAUGAAGAUGAGCUAUGCAAACUACUCCCAUCUGUCAGCCGACGUCGUCAAACACCUGAGCUUUGCCGAUUGCUUGGGUUAUCACAGAAGAUGCCAGGUGUGCUGAAAGCCGGAAGGUGCUCAAGCUCAAAGCAAAAUGAUUUACUGUCACCACCUCCAAAAGUUUUUUCAGAUAUCCAGAUUUGCCACUUCACUUUUGCAGUUACAAGUGUCAUUGGAGUUUUGGUGGAUAGCGCAAAACCAAUUGACGCAAUCAAUUUGGCUUACGUGUUCGGGCUCACCGAACAGUUUGAGCCGGUCCAAUUAUUGAAAGCAUAUCUGAGGGAGGUCAGGAAGGUGUCACAUGCCAAGAAUGGAAAAAUGUCUCCGGGAGCACAGAAUGAGAUGAAUGAGCGUGAGCUGUCUGCACUCAAGGCUGUGAUCAAGUGUAUCGAGGAGCACAAACUUGAGGAGCAAUAUCCUGUGGAUCCACUUCAGAAAAGGGUGAUUCAGCUCGAGAAAGCGAAGGCAGACAAGAGGCGGGCUGUUGAAGCAGCAAAGCCACAGUCAAAGAGGCCUCGCGCCAAUGGAUCGGUUUAUGCACCUCGUGUUACCAGCUUCGGUGAUAAAAACAUCUACCAGGCAACCCCAGAGAGGCACCCAUACCCUUAUGAGAGGCAAUUUGUGUACAGCGCCGAAGCUCAUCAUCAUCCCACGAUGAUAAACGCAGCUCCCUACACCAUGACUCCUGCCCACACACCAUACUAUGGUAAUGGCUAUCCAAUGCAGUUCCAGGUGCCUUAUAUCCACUAAUGGGGAGAGCUCGGUGCAUGCGCGCUUUCUUAACUAUCUCUAGCUUUUUAACCUUCCGCUGUGUUUUAGUUGUAUCAGUCAUUCCCUAGCUAGUUUGUCUAGCUGAAAAUAGUCGGACCACUUGUGUGUUUGUAUUUGCUAUGAGUGGCUAUUGUGAAAAUAUGUUAAUUUUAUGUCACGACUUAUGACAAUUACUUUAAUUCUAAUGUCUAGUUGAAUCUAUGUAUCUUCUGCCCAUGAUGAAUAUAUGCUUUUCUGCAA